AUGAGUGAUUUAGAGAAGCAAGUGUACCAAUAUCUUCGCCGAUCGAUUCCAGGACUUCCAGAGCAAGAACCGUCGUACCCCGAAUUUGUUAAAUUUAUUAUUGCUAACGACACAGGAAACUACCUUCCGAUCACUACAGCGACAUGCGGACUUUUCUUUAUGAUAUCAGGAACUACAUAUCUAAAGACAGAACAUUUAAAUAACAUUGUACCUCUUUGCUUACACUCGUUACAUAUCACUUCCCUCCCUUCAACAGAACGGUUUGAAGAAACAGUACCUUCCUUCCUUAAUGAAUGUCAAACCAUUAUAAGAAAUAUUCCAGCGUUCGAACAAUAUAUCGACGUCUGCGACGAAGAUAUCAAAAAUGUGAUUCUCGACGCCGUGUUGCACGCUAUCGUGUUCUUCUCCGUCGAGUAUUGCCAAGAGGAAAUCCUUACCACAAUUGCUUUGUGCAUUACUGAGGGGAAUGUGCGUCGUCUGUUCGAAUACAUCGAUAUGUCACAACAACUGUUCCAUUUGUUUUCAUUGAUCAACACCAAAUCCCCCCUCUCAGCCACUUGUAAGUACUCAACGGCUCGAAAACUAUUGUUCUCGUCGACCUUUGAUUACGUCAAAACCAUGGUCUGUGGAGAGUCGUUUCUAUCAGUGAAAAAUGAUUUAGUCACAUUGGUUGAUGCUAAUGAUGUUUCUGGAAUCAUACAGUUGUUCUUAUUUACUGGGCAAUAUACACGCUUGUCACAACAAUUAUUGGUGGACGAUGAGACGACUUUGGAAGUGUUUAGAAGAGCUGUUAUAAGAGGGAUCGUUGAUUUGGAGAAUGCUUCUAUGUACUCCCUUGGGGGAAAUUCACUUGGGUAUUCCAGCCUUGUCUCUUUUAAUUGUACUGCGUCGCAGGCAUCUGCUGUCAAAGCACUUUUGUCAUUUUCCGAAUUCAGAGAGAAGUACUUUGACGUAUUGAGUCGUUACAUCGACUUUAUCAAAGACAAGAAAAAGACGUAUUUAGUCGAAAUUGUGAAAUGCAUUAAAAGUGACUUGGAAAUACUUUUUUCGUAUGAGGUGACGAACCCCGAUGACAUUGACGUGCUGUGUAAUGCAGUCCAGAGCUGUGAUAUUUAUGACACUGCGUAUCAAAGAAAUGUGACAGCGUUUGUGUUCUCGAACAUCAACUACUACAUUCCCAAUGUCGAAAAAUUAAAACGAAUUGUCCAGAUCAUCGGACUUGACCAGAAGUGUCCGCUUGUUCUUGUGAAUGAAUUGAAAAAGACUUUGGCUAAUCUCGAGAGCCCAAAGGAUCUCCGAAUGUUGAGUUACUUGGUCGCGUCCAAUCCCGUUGUUGGGGAUUCUGCUGUUUUGUCUGAUGAAAUGGUUUCAAAAUACAUUUCUAAGUUUAGUGAUUCGGAAGAGAUCACUGAUUUUGUUGGAACACUUUUGAACUGUGGAUAUGUCCUUUCACCCGGCCAACUUGAUCCACUUGUGAACAAGAUGAUUGGAACGGAACUCACAGAAAACGGGAAGAGAAUUGUCGAGUGCUUUGUGCGUGUUGGUGGCAACUUAGUGAAGAAGAUGAAAAUAAUAAAGGAUAUAGAGUUUUGUGAGACAAUGGUUGGGAAGUAUGGCAUCAAAAAGGCGGAUUUAGCAGACGCAGUGGAGGCUUUUUCAAAUGGAUUUGGAGGGUUUGGAGUGCUUGUUGUCCAUUUUUGGGCGUUAGGGAAAGGGGGAAUGGAUGUCACACAGAACGUGAAGA